CCUCUCCUAUAUUGCUUUCCCCGUUUGAUCAUUUCAGCAUAGCGCAGCGUUAUACCCAACAGCACUACCCUUUCAUAUCAUCACCCCAUUCACACACGAAAAAUCCUUGGAAUUAGGACUCCGUGCAGUUGCUGACGCCUGCCAUGUCAACUACGACAGCCACCUCCCAUACCUUUAAGAUGCCUGCUGCCCGCGCCCUCGAAAACGCAAAGCAAUCCUCAGAAUCAGUCCUCAGCGACGCAUCCUCCGCCAUGUCCAAAGCAGCCGAGAACCCCAGGAAGGCGACUUCAGACUUUCUUCACACACCGUUCAUGCGUGCAGCACUACCGUUUAUAAACGGCGGCAUUGCAGGCAUGACGGCUACGACAGUCAUCCAGCCCGUCGACAUGGUCAAAGUACGUCUCCAACUCGCGGGUGAAGGAGUCAAAACCGGCCCCAAGCCCACACCCAUCAGCGUGCUCCGGGAUAUCGUUGCACAGGGCAAAGUGCUAGAUCUCUACACGGGACUCAGCGCCGGCAUCUUACGCCAAGCCGUGUACACGACUGCCCGGCUCGGCUUCUUCGACACCUUCAUGAAGACCCUAAGUGCACGGGCAAAGGAAAACGGCACUUCAAUCGGCUUCAAGGAGCGCGCAGGCGCUGGUCUCGCAGCCGGCGGUCUCGCCGCCAUUGUCGGCAACCCCGCUGACCUAGCCCUCAUCCGCAUGCAAUCCGACGGCCUCAAACCCGCCGCCCAGCGCGCAAACUACACUUCGGUCAUCGACGCCCUGGUGCGAAUAAGCAAGGCUGAAGGCGUCACCCGCCUCUGGGCCGGCAGCUACCCGACCGUCGUGCGCGCCAUGGCCCUCAACUUUGGGCAGCUCGCCUUCUUCUCAGAGGCAAAGCAGCAGCUGCAGCAUACCAGCCUGUCGAGCCGCUCGCAGACGCUGACGGCUAGCGCUAUUGCCGGUUUCUUUGCUAGUUUCCUCUCCCUCCCCUUUGACUUUAUGAAGACGCGCCUCCAGAAGCAGACGCGUGCCCCCGAUGGAACGCUGCCCUACAAGGGCAUGUUUGACUGCUUCAAGAAGGUCGCCAAAGAGGAAGGCCUGCUCAGGUUCUAUCGUGGCUUUGGAACCUACUAUGUGCGCAUUGCGCCGCAUGCUAUGGUUACUCUCAUCGUCGCUGAUUACCUUGGUUUCAUCACCAAAUAAGUUUCCUGUUGCCCCUUUUUUUUUCACCUCUCUCUCUCUCCAUCGCCGAACGCUACGGGAGAUAUAUAUCAACUUUCUCUUCUUUCACGACUUCGAAUAUUCUCACGCAAAGGGUCUUUCAACCCACGUGUAUACAGGAACCUAGAAUCGGUUCGUUUGGCGUUUUUCUUUUCCUUUUGUCGUCAGGGUGGUGGUAAGGAGAGAGAGAGGAAGACAGAGACAGGCUUGUUCGUCUCUCUCUCUCUCUCUCCCCUCAAUCAGCGGGGCGUUCUUUUGUUGGUUUCUGUCGAUCUUCACGAUCUGAGUCAUGUCUUUUUCUCGUUUGCAUUUAUGUAUAUGCGUAUGACACCCAUUUUGCUCAAAUCAAAAAACCUAAUCU